AGCAUGAUCACCGAGGCGCGCGGCGAUUGUUCCAACUUUGGUCUAUUUACGUCCCAUCUCCACGAUUAUUCAUGCAUUCGAAGCUUUUUCCCAGGAGGGAUAAGUGAGAUAAGAAUUUUAAAGUCCUUGGUAUCGGUGGCUCGAGGGUCAAUGAGGGUCACCAUAAUCCCGGUACGAAACUCUUCGAAACUCGCUUCCCCCUCGACCCCUCCAGGUCUUGUAACAUUGCAGAAAUCGUCCAUUGCAAUAAUUACAUUACCCAUCUUGAUGUUGCCAUGAGAAAACGCCUCGUUGCGAAGUCGCAUGGGCAGUAUGUACAAAUUCAACCAUCCAGAAGUUUGCGUUUGCGGAGAUUUCAAUUUCCGAUGGCCAUCUGGGAGAGUUCUCCCAUGAAAUAUCGACGCAAGUUUUGAAUGUCAUCAAGGUCAUCGUACUUGAGACCCCGCCUCAAACGUCAAACAGAGAUUUACAUCAUUUACCCCAGUACCUAAGAAACACUAUUUUGAUGCAGAAACGGGAUGAAAACUCAUAGAGAUAUGCAACUCUACCCAUGCGCAAUCAGAAACUGUGAUUCCAUCGACUACUCGUCGUUCCCUGUAAGAUGGUUUUGAACCUCAGAGGUUACUGAACUUGGUUUUAUCGAUAUUCCAGACGACCAAGUUGGUUCUUCAUAUAACACCCAACGUUCUGCUCUUUAAGUUUCCCUCUUCUUUCCUUACACUUGACGUGACUACCUAUUUCGCAGCUAAUAUUUACUUUCCUUUCUUCACCAACUGGUUUGGCUGCCUUACAUUCUUUAUUGUAGUUAUAUCCUGUUUUACUUAUCUUAUUCCGACUUUUUGACAAAGAUUAUAUUCUAUACCAACUUUUAACAACAUUUUCGAUUCUUCGAUUGCCGGCUCAGCCAUCUUUUACACAAUAUACUUUCAAUUUAUCAUCAAUCAACGACUAUCAUCAUGUCUUCAAACCAAAUGAACACCCAAGUGGCAUCAUCCACAUACGUUCCAGUCGACGUAGCCCAACGACACGAAUAUGGCAUCCAGAAGAACCGUAAAACGGCUUCCACUGGUGGCGGCAGAGCUUGGAGUGAGGAUGAGGAAGUUUAUCUUCUUCAAACUCGCCUUCAGAAAAUGCCUUACAAGCAUAUCGCUUCUCAUUUGAAGAAGACUGAAUUGGCUUGCCGUCUUCACUAUCAUCAAUUGUCCCAUGGAAGCAACCGCCGCAAGCGUACCAAUUCCAUGACUUCUUCCGGUAGCUCCAAUUCAGAAUCUUCGACUUUACCUCUCCGAAUGCCAUCUCCAAUUGAUGAGGCUACUCAUCUCCGAGCUAUAUCCCCUGUCUACAAUUACUCACCACAAUCACCUCAACACGUUCAACUCCCAUCUGCAUCUUCACUUCUAUCCCGCUCAGCUUCCAACAGUCCUUCUAGAACUCUUGGUCACCCCAUUGCUAUUCUCCCAAAGCCAACCCCUUCUCGACACGCAGUUAAUGAUUCCUCAUCGGAUCAAGCUCUCCGUCUCGAUUGCGUCAUGACUUCCACCCCAGUCACUGUUGCCAGCGUUGACAAAGAACGUCUUCGUCGUGUAUACGAAGCUCAUCGCAACUCUUUCUGGAACGUCAUCGCAUCCGAGUAUGGCGGAGGCGUAUCUCCUCUUUUACUCGAGGAGACCUGGAAGCAAGGUGUCGCAUCCAAUGGACCACCAACCCCAUGUGUCUCCCCAGACAUGCCAAAUCUCAACCGAGCAAGCUACCAUCAUUACAACAGCCAAGCCCCUCAACGAUUGCCAUCACCAAGCCAAGAGAUCAAGAACAACGCUACCAGUAUCUCGGCACUUCUCGGUAUUGAUGCUAGUCCCCGUAGUCCUAAGGAAAGAGAGAUGAUCAAAAGAUUGGAGGAAAGUAGGGAGAUGUGUUAAAUAAUUUUCUUUCUUCAUCAUUUAUAUCUAUUCACGAUUUCAUUCGUCAGGUGGUACACAAGAAAUGGUAAUCUUAUUGACACGACACGAAUUGGAUGAUGGUUACGAGGGGAGGAGUUCGAGCUCCACUUUGGAUACGAUUUGGGAACAGAGGGUAUUUGCACGAUGAUCUAUUCUUCUCGGCGCAAGGAGGGGAGUUAUGGGGCAUUCGUUCAAAUCCAUCUAUCAACCUUUCCAAUGGGGUAUUUUGUGUAGUACAGUAGCAAGCUUUAAUCGCAAUAGCGCGAAUCCUGAAUAUACUUUUGAAUUUCAAAUCCAUCUGCC